GCGGUGGAGGCGGAGAUGACGACGCCGGCGCGCGGUGGCGGGGACGAGCCAUCGUCGACGGCGUCGGCCUCAGCGAUGAACGACCCCAUCACGCCCACGUCGGCGAUGAACCGGCGGGGGUCGAGGGGCGCCGCGAUGGCCACCUUCUCCAUGGAGGUCUUCGACAACGAGGUGGUGCCCUCCACGCUGAAUAGCAUCGCCCCGAUCCUGCGCGUCGCCGCCGAGAUCGAGUCCGAGCGCCCCCGCGUCGCGUACCUCUGUCGCUUCUAUGCCUUCGAGAAGGCGCACAGGCUGGAUCAGAACUCUGUCGGCCGUGGCGUCCGGCAGUUCAAAACGGCCCUGCUCCAACGCUUGGAGAAGGACAAUAGCCUCAGUCUCGCGAAGCGAUUGAAGAAGAGUGACGCUCGCGAAAUUGAGAGUUUCUACCAACAAUACUAUGAAAACUAUGUCCGCGCCCUCGACAAAGGGGAACAAGCCGACAGGGCUCAACUUGGGAAGGCCUACCAGACGGCCGGAGUUCUCUUCGAGGUGCUCUGCGCCGUCAACAAGACCGAAAAGGUCGAAGAGGUUAACCCGGAGAUUAUUCGCCUGCACAAGGAUGUGCAAGAGAAAAAAGAUAUCUACGCGCCGUUCAAUAUCUUACCUCUUGAUGCCGCCAGUGCAUCCCAGUCCGUCAUGCAGUUGGAGGAGAUCAAAGCAUCAGUCACAGCCCUGCGGAACACACGGGGAUUGACCUGGCCUUCAGCAUUCGAGCCAGAAAGACAGAAGGGGGGUGAUCUUGAUUUGCUGGACUGGUUGAGAGCAAUGUUUGGUUUUCAGAGGGACAGUGUUAGAAAUCAACGGGAGCAUUUGAUUCUCCUCCUUGCUAAUGUGCACGUUAGACUUGAGCCGAAGCCCGAACCACUUAGCAAGCUUGACGAUCGAGCCGUUGACCUGGUGAUGAAUAAGCUCUUUAACAAUUAUAAGAAGUGGUGCAAGUUCUUGUCACGAAAACAUAGUUUGAGAAAUCCUCCAGGUGCACAACUACAGGAAAUUCAGCAACGAAAGAUUUUGUACCUAGGCCUUUAUCUUCUCAUCUGGGGUGAAUCAGCAAAUAUCCGUUUUAUGCCAGAGUGUCUGUGCUACAUUUUUCACAAUAUGGCAUAUGAGUUGCAUGGAUUGCUUGCUGGAAAUGUUAGUAUUGUGACUGGAGAAAAUAUCAGGCCAUCUUAUGGUGGGGAUGAGGAGGCUUUCUUGAAGAAAGUGGUUACACCUAUCUACCGUGUCAUCAGAAAGGAGGCAGGUAAAAGCCAACACGGAAAAACACCACAUUCAGCAUGGUGCAAUUAUGAUGAUCUUAACGAGUACUUCUGGACAUCUGAUUGUUUCUCACUGGGAUGGCCAAUGCGGGAUGAUGGUGAAUUUUUUAAAUCUGUGCAUGAUUCAAGACCUGUAACAGUGGCUGGAAGCUCAUCACAAAAGGGUUCUAGUAAAAGCACAGGCAAGACAAACUUUGUAGAAACAAGAACUUUUUGGCACAUCUUCCGUAGUUUCGACCGGAUGUGGACAUUCUACCUAUUGGCUUUACAGGCAAUGCUGAUUUUUGCUUGGAGUGAUUAUUCAGUGUCUCAAAUCCUUCAGAAGGACCUCUUAUAUUCUCUAUCAAGCAUAUUUUUGACAGCAGCAUUUCUACAGUUCCUCCAAAGUAUUUUAGAUUUCAGUCUGAACUUCCCUGGUCAUCAUAGAUGCAAGUUCAUUGAUGCCAUGAGAAAUAUUCUGAAGAUAAUAGUUAGUGCGGUGUGGGCUGUGAUUCUUCCAUUUUUCUACAUCAGCACUGCAGCUAAAGUCAAUUUACCGCUUAGAGAUCUUCAAAAGUGGUUUGGCUAUGUAAAAGGAGUGCCACCCCUAUAUAUCCUGGCUGUGGCAGUGUACCUGAUACCAAAUAUCAUUAGUGCAGCACUGUUCCUGUUUCCAAUGUUUCGAAGGUGGAUAGAGAACUCGGAUUGGCAUAUUGUUAGACUGCUACUGUGGUGGUCUCAGAAACGAAUUUAUGUUGGACGUGGAAUGCAUGAAAGCCAAAUUGCACUUUUCAAGUAUACAUUAUUUUGGAUUUUGCUGCUAUGCUGCAAACUUUCCUUCAGUUACUUUGUCCAGAUAAAACCUCUGAUAAAGCCAACCAAGGAUAUAAUGAGUGUUCAUAAUAUUCAUUAUGAGUGGCAUGAAUUCUUUCCAAAUGCGUCAUAUAAUAUUGGUGCUAUCCUAUCGCUCUGGUCUCCUGUUCUGUUGGUCUAUUUAAUGGAUACACAGAUAUGGUAUGCCAUGUUCUCUACAAUAUCUGGUGGUAUGUCUGGAGCACUUGGACGACUUGGUGAGAUAAGGACGUUAGGAAUGCUGAGAUCACGCUUCCAUUCUUUGCCUGGAGCCUUCAACACAUUUUUAGUGCCAUCAGAUAAAGGCAGAAACAGGCGCUUUUCACUCUCAAAGCGCUUUGCUGAGGUUUCUCCCAACAAGAGAACUGAAGCUGCCAAGUUUGCUCAGUUAUGGAACGAAGUAAUCUGCAGUUUCCGGGAAGAAGAUUUUAUAAGUGACAAGGAGAUGGACCUAUUGGUGGUUCCAUAUUCGUCAGACCCAAGCCUAAAAUUGAUGCAGUGGCCAUUAUUUUUGCUUGCAAGCAAGAUACCUAUAGCCUUAGACAUGGCAGCACAAUUUAGACCAAGAGACAGUGAUUUAUGGAAGCGUAUAUGUGCAGAUGAGUAUAUGAAAUGCGCUGUACUUGAAUGCUAUGAGUCAUUCAAACUCGUUCUUAAUUUAGUAGUGGUUGGAGAAAAUGAAAAAAGGAUUAUUGGCAUUAUAAUCAAAGAGAUUGAAGCUAACAUUGCAAAGAAUACAUUCCUUGCCAAUUUUCGGAUGAGUGCACUGCCAGUUCUCUGCAAGAAAUUUGUGGAGCUUGUAUCCACCUUGAAAGAAAGAGACUCCUUGAAAUUUGAUAAUGUAGUAUUGUUGCUCCAAGACAUGCUGGAAGUGAUCACAAGAGAUAUGAUGGUCAAUGAGAUCAAAGAGCUAGCUGAAUUUGGACAUGGGAACAAGGACUUAGUUCCACGAAGACAACUUUUUGCAGGCACUGGCACAAAGCCUGCAAUUGUUUUCCCUCCACCAAUUUCAGCCCAAUGGGAGGAACAAAUUAAGCGCCUGUACCUUCUUUUAACUGUGAAAGAAUCAGCAAUGGAUGUGCCUACAAACCUUGAAGCCCGUCGUAGAAUAUCAUUUUUCACCAAUUCACUAUUCAUGGAAAUGCCACGUGCACCCAGAGUACGCAAAAUGCUCUCUUUCAGUGUAAUGACACCAUACUACAGCGAGGAAACUGUAUAUUCAAGGAGCGAUCUUGAUCUGGAGAAUGAGGAUGGUGUAUCAAUUAUAUUCUACCUACAGAAGAUCUUUCCAGAUGAAUGGAAUAAUUUCAUGGAAAGAAUUAAUUGCAAAAGAGAGAGUGAGGUUUGGGGAAAUGAAGAAAAUGUUCUACAACUUCGUCAUUGGGCCUCUCUUAGGGGGCAGACACUUUGUCGAACAGUUAGAGGCAUGAUGUAUUAUAGGAAAGCUUUGAAGCUUCAAGCAUUCCUUGAUAUGGCUUCUGAAUCCGAGAUAUUGGAAGGAUAUAAAGCAGUUGCAGAUCCUGCCGAGGAAGAGAAGAAAAGUCAAAGAUCUUUGUCCUCUCAGCUUGAAGCUAUAGCAGACAUGAAAUUUACAUAUGUUGCAACGUGCCAAAUUUAUGGAAAUCAAAAACAAUCUGGUGAUCGACAUGCAACCGAUAUUUUGAACUUGAUGGUCAAUUAUCCUGGUCUCCGUGUGGCAUAUAUUGAUGAAGUUGAAGAGAGGGAUGGUGACAAGGUGCAGAAGGUCUUCUAUUCUGUAUUAGUAAAAGCUCUUGACAAUCAUGAUCAGGAAAUAUACCGCAUAAAAUUGCCAGGACCAGCGAAAAUAGGUGAAGGGAAACCUGAAAACCAAAAUCAUGCUAUCAUUUUUACCCGAGGCGAAGCUUUGCAAACCAUUGAUAUGAACCAGGACAAUUAUUUGGAGGAAGCUUUGAAAAUGCGAAAUUUGCUGGAAGAAUUCAAUGAAAGCCAUGGUGUCCGUCCGCCGACAAUCCUUGGAGUGCGUGAACACAUAUUCACCGGAAGUGUCUCAUCUCUGGCAUGGUUUAUGUCAAACCAGGAAACAAGUUUUGUGACAAUAGGGCAGAGGGUCCUAGCUAAUCCACUGAAGGUGCGUUUUCACUAUGGACAUCCUGAUGUAUUUGAUAGGAUUUUUCACAUUACGAGAGGUGGUAUUAGCAAGGCUUCCUGUGGUAUAAAUUUAAGCGAAGACAUUUUUGCUGGUUUCAACUCUACACUAAGACGUGGAAAUGUUACCCAUCAUGAGUACAUUCAAGUGGGGAAAGGACGAGACGUUGGGCUUAAUCAAAUUUCCCUCUUUGAGGCCAAAGUGGCGUGUGGUAAUGGAGAGCAAGUACUCAGCAGAGAUAUAUACCGUUUGGGUCAUCGCUUUGACUUCUUCCGGAUGCUCUCGUGUUACUUCACUACUGUCGGUUUUUAUGUCAGCUCAAUGAUGGUUGUCAUAAUAGUUUACGUUUUCUUGUAUGGAAGACUCUAUUUAGCGUUAAGCGGACUUGAGUUUGCAAUUAUGAAGCAAGCACGGAUGAGAGGUAACCGUGCUCUUCAGGCAGCUAUGGGGUCCCAAUCUAUUGUGCAGCUAGGUCUUUUGAUGGCCUUGCCUAUGUUUAUGGAGAUUGGACUAGAAAGGGGUUUUAGAAGCGCCCUGGGGGAUUUCAUCAUCAUGCAGCUUCAGCUUUGUUCAGUUUUCUUCACAUUUUCACUCGGGACAAAAUCACAUUAUUUUGGUCGCACAAUCCUCCAUGGUGGUGCAAAAUAUAGAGCGACUGGUAGAGGCUUUGUUGUUCGUCAUGUGAAGUUUGCUGAGAAUUACAGAAUGUACAGCAGAAGCCAUUUUGUGAAAGGGCUUGAGCUCUUGUUACUACUAGUAGUUUAUCAGAUCUAUGGUGAUGUGGCUACGGAUUCGAUUGCCUAUAUUCUUCUGACAUCAUCAAUGUGGUUCUUGGUAAUCACUUGGCUAUUUGCUCCAUUCCUCUUCAACCCAUCAGGAUUUGAGUGGCAGAAAGUAGUGGAUGACUGGGACGACUGGAACAAGUGGAUUAGCAGUCGUGGUGGGAUUGGUGUGCCUGCUAAUAAAGCUUGGGAGUCCUGGUGGGAAGAGGAGCAGGAACAUUUGCUCUCAACAGGCCUAGUCGGGCGCAUAUGUGAAAUCAUAUUGUCUUUCCGAUUCUUCAUGUUUCAGUAUGGUAUCAUGUACCAUCUGAAUAUCUCUAAUGGAAACAAAAGCAUAUCAGUUUACGGUCUGUCUUGGCUAGUAAUUGUAGCAGUAGUGUUGGUCCUCAAGGUGGUAUCUAUGGGAAGAAAGAAAUUUAGUGCAGAUUUCCAGCUUAUGUUCCGGCUCCUUAAACUGUUCUUGUUCAUUGGAUCUGUUGGAACUCUGGCCAUUCUUUUCACCCUUUUACAUCUUACAGUUGGUGACAUAUUCGCCAGCUUCCUUGCCUUUGCACCCACAGGAUGGGCCAUUCUGCAGAUAUCAAUGGCAAGCAAGCCGGUUGUGAAGGCUUUUGGGCUGUGGGGAUCAGUCAAGGCGCUCUCGAGGGGGUACGAGUACCUAAUGGGGAUCGUUAUCUUUGUUCCUGUCGCGGUGCUUGCAUGGUUCCCCUUCGUCUCGGAGUUCCAGACGAGAUUGCUAUUCAACCAGGCAUUCUCCCGAGGCCUCCAAAUCUCUCGCAUCUUGGCUGGCGGGAAGAAGCAGAACUGAGGUGAGUCUAGGAGGUGGUGUUUCAUCAGAUUAAAUACAGCGUAGGGCGAGGCAGAAAUUAGCUCCAGUUCGUCGUACUGUACAUGGGUGUUGGGUCGUUGCACAUGUGUGUUAUGGAGGGGCAUCAUACGGCUGCUGACAUGCUGACGCUUUCACAAGUUUUCUUGCUUUUUGUACACACAGGGCCAUUUUUCUUAGGCAUUUUCCAUGUAUAUCUCAUGAAUACACACUUACAUCUGUUACCAGAUCGUAAGUUUCUUGUAUAUAUGCCCCCAACCAGUGCAACAGAACAUUUCAGUCCAUUUAGAUACAAAGUUGAAAUUGAUUUAUCUGCACAAAGUUCUUUGUU